AGACUAACCAGCGAUAAGCGAGUAGCGAGCCGCACAAAGUAUGUGCAAUAUUGAAUGUAAUGAAAAGUAAUAUUAUGAAGUGCAGGAAAAGGAAUAAUAUUAUAACACCCAUAUUAUUAAAAAUGUUUAGACCAGAACCACAGAAUAAAUGAAAUCAGAAAGGACACUUGAAGCAAAACCCGUUUUGCAUGUAGUGGGGAUGGUAGCCGCCAUCUUCUUAUUUAUGCUGUCCGAAAAUUUGUUAGGUUAUGAAAUUAAGUUGUAAUGAACACGAGAACACUAGUCUAUCAGAUAUCACUUUUGUGUAUACUCUUGGCCUAUCGCUAUUUCAUAAUUAAUUUUUCACAAUUUCACAUAUUAUUCUGAGCUUGUGUUAAUUGUUAUUUGCAUUAAUUGAAUUUUUUUUUCGUCAAUUGUUUGUGGUUAUUGGUGUAUUAAUUUUUACAAUGAAUACAUUAAAUAUUCCAAAGAAUUACAUUAAAUGUUCUUAUUCAGGUUGUCGAAACAAAAUGGCUCAAAAUCCUAACGUUAGUUAUUUUUCGCUUCCGAGGGAUCCAACUAAGUACCUAUCCGUGCCAAGUGGAUUGAAAACUGUGGUAUCACAAUUCCUGUUGAUUCCAUAAAAAAAUCCUUAAAGGUGUGUGGCGAACAUUUUGAACAAAAAAUGUUUUUAAAUGAUCUUCAAAAUAGACUUCAUAGUCAUGCUAUACCAAGACAUUUUAUAAAUGAUACACCAUCAUCUUCCAGCAGCAUUUCACGUAAACUUGAUUUUUGUUCUACUGUUGACAAUAAUAUAUCAAAUACUCCAGCAGAAUGUGAAACAACAAUUCUCUCUUCUCCAAAUGUGUUAGCUCUACCAUUGGAUUCUAGAACACCAAGUAACUUGCUUCUAACUAAGGAAAUGAUUUCACACAACACCAUAAACAGUCCAUAUACUGAUCAUUCCUAUGUUUCACUUGACUCGGAGUCAAAUUAUUCAUUUGAAACAAAUGAGUCGGGGAAAAAUUGUGUAUUGAUAAUGUAUCGUUGCUUGUUUCAUUCUUCAUUUCAUCUAUUCCGUGCUUGACGCUUGCUUGAAAAUUUUACUACAGACAGUUAUCACUGCCAAGAGUGCUAUAUGUCCUAUGAAGGCCGAUAAACGAACAAUUGUGCAACAAAGGCAUAGAGAAUUGAAAAUUUAUUAUGAUUUAAGGAAUUAAAUUCAACAUUUUAUAUUGUAUAAUGGCUUAUAUUAUGUUCUAAGUUAUUUGU